AUGACUGCCACGAGCUCCACCACGUCCUCCUCAAAUCUUGUAGAUUUGGAGGCUGCUUUUGAUAAAUUUGCCACUUUGUUUUCUCCAGCGACUCCACGCGCAUCCCCCACGCAACAGGCGAUCCCGCUUCCCGAUGUUGAGUCGCGUAGCGCCCCGACGCAGCCUCACCAUUCCCGGCGAGGACCAUCGACAGGCUCGGCAGAUGAUUUCGGUGCGUUCGUGUCUGUUCCAGCAGCAGAGGAUCCCCUGGCAGCGUUCGCCACGCUGGAUAGCCCACCGGUGGGGCCUGGCACACUCGAUAGUGUCGCAGGUUCGUCGAAACGUCGCUCUGCUGGUCUUGACUUCUUCGACAAGUUCAGCCGCGAUGCGAAAGCUGCUUCGGAGCGAAACAAGAAGGGAGUCCUAGACGAGUUGUUGCAACACGAGGAUGAUCCGCUAUAUUGGCUCAAAGACGCCAAAGAAGACCCGCGAGCUGUUUUAAUAGCCAGUGAUGCUGAGAAGCAGCAAAACGAUGAAUUUGGGGAAAUGGUUCAGGCGGGAAGUCCCAGAAGCUCGAGGGAAGAGUCACUUGUUGAUCUCGGGUUCGAUGACUUCGCGCCCCUGCGGCAGGUCGAUUCUCGUUCAUCUGAUACCUCUGUGGAUAAACCCAAUUCCCAUUCUUCAUCCCCUACACGCCGCUCAAAUCGAUGGUCGAGUACUGCGCAUCCUCCGUUACACCGUAAGCGAUCGUCAUCACUUCACCCGCCCACCCUUGCACCGCCCAUUGCAUCUACAUCAUCCGUUACAUCUGCGCCAUCCCCGGUAGGAGGACAUCCAGAGAACUACUUGCCCUCUGGGUCCCCGCCCCGACCGAUUCCCGUACGUUCCCCGUCAUACCAGACGCUUUCAAGUCUGUCUUCGAAAUGGAUGUCUUCAUUCAUAUCGUCCAACCGCCAGUCCCCACCGGCUAAUACACUGGAAUCACUAUUUGCUCCGUUUGCUUCUGUCGCGCCUUCUCAGUCGACACCUUCUCUGCACCAACCAUCUGCCUCGCAGACACCAACACUGCACCAUGCGUCUACUCUGCCGUUUGCGUCCUCCUCCAUCCCACCAGUUCAAAUAUCUCACGGAACUCCUUUCGCUCCUCCUCCCCCAAACUCUACAACCUCGCCAUUCGGCCCACAUAUAUACAUCCCACCAACAGGUGCUCCCGGCUAUGCUGGAGAGAGUUAUGACUGGGACAAGGGCUUCUCUGAAGAGCUGCAGCACGAACUAUCAUUGGCCAGCGAAAUGAACAGCGAAGUUGCAGCAAAAGUGAAUGGCAAAAGUGAAGACGCCAAUGGCACAGUCACCAGCGUCGGGGGACUAAUGGAGAAGAAGAGUGGAAGUAUCGAGUUGAUAGGGAGGUGGGGAUCUACCGAUGAAGUGCUCAGCACGGGUUUAGCUGAUUUGAUCCGACCACAUCUUCCCGCUCUUUCCCGCCUUUCGCGCAAGUGGAAUCUGGUUUACUCUCUCGAUCAGCAUGGCAUCUCCCUCAAUACACUUUAUGACCGAUGCGAGCGAUUAGGCCAAACUAAGACCUCGACAGGCACUACAAACCGGGGUGCUUUGAUCGUGGUCAAGGAUUCGGGCAAUGUUGUUUUCGGUGCGUGGAUGGGUGAGGGCAUUAGGAUGACCAAAGGGAGAGGGUAUUAUGGUAGCGGGGAAUCCUUCCUCUGGCGGUUUGCAAAUCAUAAACUGGACGUGUACAAAUGGACUGGGAAGAAUGAGUACGUGACAUUGUGUGAAUCAGGGUUUAUAUCUUUCGGCGGAGGGGACGGCCACUAUGGCUUAUACUUGGACGAUACACUGUUCGAUGGCUCUUCUGCGAAGUGCCCUACAUUCGACAAUGACCCACUUUGCUCUCCUGGGCCGAAGAAGGCUGGUGCGGUAUCCUUCGAGUGUGUGGGCUUAGAGGUCUGGAGUGUGGCCUCGUAG